GCAGUCGGGUGACGUGGCUGAAGGUUGCGGACGAUGCGCUGAAGGAGUUUGCUUUUUCACCGUUUGAUCAAUCGCUGACAGCAGCGACUGGAGGCUGUGCGCCACGUGACUCCCAACAACCAAUCGGAUGCCUUUGCGUUGAGUAUUCGUGAAAAGCUUACGCCAUAUGCGUACGAUAGCAUCCCUAAAACUGCCUCUGUCAUACAACCAGGAAGAAGGUGGGAUAGCCCUACAAAGCUGACAUCCCAGAUCUUUCUACAUACUUUCUCCGACAAUGACGGGCUCCUCCAGGUGGAAGGUGGCAGCGGCGGCCCUUCUUGUUGUCGUGGGCUCUUUAUUAUGUGUGGACGCAGAUGAACAUGAACACACGUACGUAGAUAAAGAGGAGGUAGUUUUAUGGAUGAACACAGUGGGGCCUUACCACAACCGACAGGAGACGUACAAGUAUUUCUCCUUGCCGUUCUGCGCGGGCUCCAAGAAGACCAUCAGUCAUUACCAUGAAACCCUUGGAGAGGCUCUGCAAGGAGUGGAGCUCGAAUUCAGCGGCCUCGACAUCAAGUUCAGAGAUGAAGUCAUGCAGACGACAUACUGUGAGAUUGACCUGGACAAAGCCAAACGGGAUGCAUUCGUGUAUGCCAUAAAGAAUCACUACUGGUACCAAAUGUACAUCGAUGACCUGCCGAUCUGGGGUAUUGUUGGUGAGGCCGAUGAAAACGGAGAGGAUCAUUAUCUGUGGACGUACAAGAAACUGGAGAUCGGCUUCAACGGCAACAGAAUCGUAGACGUGAAUUUGACGAGUGAAGGGAAAGUCCGACUUGUGCCAAACACAAAAAUUGGGAUGUCUUAUUCUGUGAAGUGGAAGAAAUCUGAUGUGAAGUUUGAAGACAGAUUCGACAAGUACCUCGACCCGUCCUUCUUCCAACACAGGAUUCAUUGGUUCUCCAUCUUCAACUCCUUCAUGAUGGUCAUCUUCCUGGUUGGCCUGGUGUCCAUGAUCCUGAUGAGAACACUCAGAAAAGAUUAUGCCAGAUACAGCAAAGAGGAGGAAAUGGAUGACAUGGACAGAGACCUGGGAGAUGAGUACGGGUGGAAGCAGGUACAUGGUGAUGUGUUCAGGCCAUCAAGUCACCCACUGAUCUUCUCUUCGCUCAUCGGCUCCGGCUGCCAGAUUUUCUCUGUCUCCCUCAUCGUCAUCAUCGUAGCUAUGGUUGAAGAUCUGUACACAGAGAGAGGAUCCAUGCUGAGCACAGCCAUCUUUGUGUACGCAGCCACCUCUCCGGUCAACGGCUACUUCGGAGGAAGCUUGUAUGCAAAACAAGGAGGCAGAAGAUGGAUUAAACAAAUGUUCAUCGGGGCGUUCCUGAUUCCAGCCAUGGUGUGCGGAACUGCGUUUUUCAUCAACUUCAUCGCCAUCUACUAUCACGCCUCCAGAGCCAUCCCGUUUGGCACCAUGGUUGCCGUCUGCUGCAUCUGCUUCUUUGUCAUCCUGCCACUAAACCUUGUGGGAACAAUCCUCGGGAGGAAUCUGUCCGGCCAGCCAAACUUCCCCUGCAGAGUUAACGCUGUGCCUCGACCAAUCCCGGAGAAGAAAUGGUUCAUGGAGCCAGCUGUCAUCGUCUGCCUCGGAGGAAUCCUUCCAUUUGGGUCCAUUUUCAUUGAAAUGUACUUUAUCUUCACGUCAUUUUGGGCCUAUAAAAUCUACUACGUGUACGGCUUCAUGAUGCUUGUCCUGGUGAUCCUGUGCAUCGUGACCGUGUGUGUCACCAUCGUGUGUACAUACUUCCUGCUCAAUGCUGAGGACUACAGAUGGCAAUGGACAAGCUUCCUCUCCGCUGCAUCCACUGCUGUCUAUGUUUACAUGUACUCCUUUUACUACUACUUUUUCAAAACCAAGAUGUACGGAUUGUUCCAGACAUCUUUCUACUUCGGCUACAUGGCUGUGUUCAGCACUGCUCUAGGAAUCAUGUGUGGUGCUGUGGGAUACAUGGGAACAAGUGCCUUCGUGAGGAAGAUCUACACAAAUGUGAAAAUUGACUGACUAAACAGCAAAGCAACAACACAGGGAUAUUAAAAGAUUUUGCCUGGGCGUAUCCCGAGAGACGGCGGGCACAAAUCAUUCUUUAUUACUUUUCUUUCUUGCAAAGAGAUUAUGAGAAUCUCACUUUGUACAAUGUAGUUUUUCCAUUUUAUGAAUGAAUUUCAGCGCCGUAACUUAAAGUGAACCAGAGCAAAUCUGCAAAAAAGAAAAAAAGAUCAACACAAGGUUCUGUUUUUAUCUGUUGCUUUCACAAAAACGUUGAGGCAAAUGUUUAAGGCUGACAUGGCUUCUCUUUCCAACCCAGUCCCACCUGAGACCACAGAACAUACAUGUGUAUUGAUGGCAUUAGUGUAGCUCUCUUCAGUGAAGAGGCCGAAGUGUAUUGAAAGCCUUUGUUCUAUUGUGUCAGAAUAUUGGAGAGUUGGGUUUGUGCCCAUGUUUUCACUUGAUUUCUAUUUUGUAUUCUUGAAGUCACCUGAAAUAUUGUUUCUACAUACGACCGUUAUGUUUGAUUCACUUCCAACUCCAAAAGAUGAUAUACUAAAAGUUUGCCACUCAGAGACCAUCCCCCCUUUUCAACAACUCUUGAGUCCCUUCUACAGUAGCAGUCCAUCCAGUCCAACGAUUUUAGUCCUGCUGUAGUUUACUGUACAGACGAGAGCGAGGGCCUGAUCAACCGCUGAGGUACAGUAAGAAACCGAUUUUUAAAUGGAUGUUUGAUGUGAUCUCAUUUCCUUGUUUUGUCUGGGUUUUCUUAAUGUUUGGGUUUGAAUGAAGUCUACUUGUAAAGAUAAUAUAUGGAUCGGGGGGAGUGUAUAUAACCUUAAUAAUGUAACUCUAGAUGUAGAUCCCAGAUGUAUUUUCGUUGUACAGAUUUACUACAGGGUGUUUUUUUUAAAUGAUUCAUUCAAGUUUAAAGAAGUUGCUUUUUUUGGUCUUUGUUUGGUGCUUGGGAUGGGGCUGGUGGCGCUGUUACAUCUUGCCUGAAAUUGCAUGAAGUUUCACCAAACAAUGUGCUCAUCGAACUACACUUCAGUCAGCGCUGUCAGGUUUGUUUUCUCCUCCGACUCAAAAUGUAGACGGUACAUUUUGACGGCUGGUAGGCCUGCGUAUGGGCACUGUUCUUAUUCUUUCUUUCAUAUAUUAUUUAAAGCUUUAAAAGGCUCUUCAUUUCCUGGGAAAGCCAUUACCCUCAUAUGCUCGUUCUGUUGCCUAACCUGAAGCAUCGUUUGUGAAUGUCAGACGGAAUGAGGCAAAUGCUUUGUUUCUGCAAACAUACUGUACAAAGUGAAGUUUAUGUACACUUAAAACUAGAUGUUUUCAUAACCACACAGUGCUGCAGUGUUUCAAACGCUUUUUUUUCAUUUUGUGUAAAUACAGUAUGUACCCUACUUGUAUAAGAAGUGGCAAUGCCUUUUCAUUUCCAAUUUCCAAUUCUGCCCCCACUGAAGUUGAUUUUGGCACCUCAUCUUGUGUACCGAUGUCUGACUAGACAUUUUGAAACUGCAUAUUAACUUGCUGUAAAAAGAAAAAUAAACAUGUUUAUGUACAGGGGU